AGACACACACACAGACACACACACACCCCGGGACCGCGGUCCGAGAAGUUUGCGUGUGCCUCAUGAUAAGGAAUAUACCGGCGACGGCGACGGCGGUGUCCUUGGCGGGCGGCGUGGCUGGAUUUGUGUCCUCCUCCUUCUCCGUGUCCGGCUCGUCCAGCGGGAGAGACAUGGCGACAGGCUCGUCCCUGAGGAGCAGCUGGCUGGUGGCGGCCGCGGUGCUGCUCACGACACCAGGUGUUGGCGGGGCCCAGAGGGUCCGGGUUGAGGAGGAGUUGGAGGCAUAUCCCACGGAGUCGGUUGAUCUACGGUGCCAGUUCAUCGACGGGGGAGGCCUCACCAAACUCACCCAGGUGUCGUGGAUAUGGGAGCCCAUCGAGGGCCAGAGGGACAACAUCGCCGUGUUCCACCCCACCUAUGGCCAGAGCUUCCCCAAUUUGUCCUUCAGGGACCGGGUCAUCUUCAUCCAGGGCACGCUGGAGAACCCCUCCAUCCGCAUCAACGACCUGAGGAUGUCCGAUGCCGGACGCUACAUCUGCGAGUACGCCACCUACCCGUCCGGGAACGAACAGGGCACCACCAACCUGAUCAUGCUCGCCAAGCCCAAGAACUCCGUCAAGGUGGUGACUGUCCAGGCCGGCACCAAGUCCGUGGUGGUGGCCCACUGCGAGGCAGCUGAUGGCAAACCGCCGGCCUCCAUCAAGUGGGUGGCCUCUGUCGGUGGGAACCACUCCACCAGCACUACGGCCGGGGCCGAGGGAACGGUGACGGUUCGCAGUGAGUACCGGCUGGUGCCCACGCCGUCAGACAACGGCAGGGAGGUGACCUGCAUGGUCAGCCAGAAGACCCAGGACCAGCCUUGGGUCUUUCCUGUCAGGCUGUCUGUAGAGUACCCCCCUACUGUUGUGUCUAUAGAGGGCUAUGAUAACAACUGGUAUGUUGGACGUUCAGGCGCCACACUCACCUGCCAGGCAAAAGCAAACCCUGAGCCCACCACUGUCACCUGGACCACGAUGUCGGGCUCCCUGCCAGACUCGGUGGUCAUCGAUGGCAACAAGCUGACAGUGAGGAAGGUGGACGACGCCGUCAACACCACCUUCAUCUGCGAGGUGAAGAACAGCUUGGGGGUCAGCAGGCACCAGGUCACCACCGUGGUCAUCGAAGAGAGGAAGAGGACGCCAGGCCCCGCAACAGGCGCCAUCAUCGGCGGUAUCAUCGGCUCCCUCGCCCUCAUCGGCAUCAUCAUCGGCAUCGUGUUCUUCAUCCGCAAGCGUCAGGAGGAUGGAGAGGGCCCUCCCAAGCACAAGCCGCCGCCCCCUGUGAAGACAGGCAGCUCCACGGAGAUGCUGAACAAGUCCGACCCUCCCAUGGCCACAGAGACCGCUCCUCUCAGUCCAGCAGAGCUCUACUACGAGACCACAGGGGGAGAACCUGUCACGAAUCUGGAUGAUGACGCCAACCACCCAGGUGGUGGCGCCCUGAACGGUGGUGCCCCCGCUGUCUCGGAGGACUCGAUGAAAUACGACGUCAACGAACUCAAAGAGCACGCUGCCGACGGUCACCAGGGAAACGACCCGGAGGCGGCCAACCACGAGCCACCGGCUGCCAACAUCUCUCGCGGCGAGAGCUUCGUAUCUGCCGCCAUGUACGUGUAACCAUGGCGACCCGGGAGCAACACAGGCAUGCGGGCAAGUUCCAGAUCACCCAAAUCUGCAGGCAAACAAGAACAUCCUCCCUGUCUCACGUUCAACCGCAUCCGGUCCACUCCAGUAACUUUCAAUUGUACUUAAGAGCCUGCAAACCAUGACAUUUUGAAUUCUAUCUUACUUUUCUUUGCCAGUCACAUGUUUUGGAGGUAAAGUUUCCUGUGUUGUCCGUGUAAACUUCUAUUUAGCGGGGCUGUUUUUAUGUGAAACCACAGGGUGCUUGGAACAAGUGGUGUGUGUUGUUUUAGAUAAGCCAUGCAAAAUCCUUCUUUUCUUUCUUUUUGCUUUGCAAACUUAACUGUAGGUGGCAGUGCAGUGUCUUGUUCAGUGUAGAGUUUCAAGGAAGAACAAGACAAAGAGGCAAAUUGUCACCCUAUCUCUUUGUGGUGUAAUAUAAGAAAUCCAAACACUUAAAGAUUAUUGGGAAGUCACGUGGGUAUUUUAUACAAUGGUGUCAGCUUUUGCGUAAAUCGCCUCAUUAGGUGUUGGGAGAUCUUGCAAUGCGGGUGAACUGGAGCGUCCCUUUCAGCUAGCUGUCCCACAGUGCUGCGCCUGCAUUCCUGUGUGUUGCUAGCAAAUCUAAAUUCACUUCAAACAAAGGUGAGGCAAAAGCUUUUAUCAGUGACUUGAGCAUGAAAUAUUGUACGCAACAUGAUUUUUUUGUGCAUUAAAUUAAAACAUCACGUUCUAUGUGUUCACUUAAAAUGAGGCUGUCGGUACUGGGCAGCUCUGAAUGGAGCAAUCUACACAACCACAGAACUGGACUGAGCAAUUCUCCGUCCAUUGCCAUUCUAGUUCAGUGAGUGAAACAUCAGGCUCCUGCAGCAGCCUCGCACUCAAGGCAAGUGAAAAUACUCUGUUUGGAAUCUUUUCAAAGUAUUUUAUAUGUCGAUUUGGGUGAGUUUCAAUCCCACACAGCCAGAUUUGGUUCAAAGAAGUCCAAAGCGUUCAUCUGGCUCUGCAGGCAGCCCCAAUUAAUCACUCAAGAUGUUUGAAAGUAGUUCAAUAAUUGCUGGAGUAUAACAAUUCUGCAAAGCAGCCGUUCCGCCUCUUGCAUCGCUCAGGCUGUGGUCCAAUUCAGAAACAUUCCUCCGUGAUUCUUUUCCUGUCAGAGGGCCUCCUCCAUCUUCAGACCGUAGCAACUGUCAGUGCACUGGGUUGCUCAUUAGCGCUAACGAGGAGGAAGUGAUGUCCGAGCAAACAGCAAUAUUAUAAGAUUUAACACCGCGUGAUUUAUACGUGUGAUUCUCAGCUGCGAGAGCUGGUAAGGCUGAUUUAUAACGGAGAUGAAAUAUGGGAUCAAUGUUUACAGCCAAGCACAAGAAGCACACACACACACACACACACACACACACACACACACACA